UUUCGAUCGAUUCGAAUCGCUUUUGAGCACAAAACACGGGGCCUAUGGCAUGGGACUUCCGUUUAAUGAACAGGAACAGGAAGUUCCUCACAAUCUGAAAUGGCAAAAUAAAAACAUCCUGUACAGAAGAAAAUUUUGAAAAAUAUACAAGCCACGCUGUUGGACAAGUAGGCAAAAACGAGUAAAUAGCGUUAAUUCCGUCGAAUUAAAGUCAAAUUUUCAUUUUGCGACCUACUUUCGUUCCCGGCAACUCAAGGUCGAACGACAGUGCUGAAUUACACAAAGUGAAAUAAUGGAAUGGUCACAGCUAGCCCUUUUUCCUUUAACAAAAGUCCAAAUGAUAUCAAUUGUUAUGGAUCAUUUGAUUUUAGUGUACACCAGAAGGAAGAGGAUUGAAUUAGUUACACAAAAAUGCAAGCUGAAAGUAUUUGCACCAAUGAUAUUGAGGGUCUGGAUUCGGACACUCUCAUUCCUGUUGAAAUUCUUUCCUGCGAUGUUUCUCAUCGCGCAAGAUCUCAAGAUGCCUUAUCGAUAGUGGAAUUAGGAAAACAGUUACUGUUUAGCGCAAAGUAUGGAGAUACAGAUAGUGUCCGUGACCUUAUGUGUAGAGGUGCACCCUUUACUACUGACUGGCUGGGUACAAGUGCGUUACAUUUUGCUGCACAAAAUAAUCAUACAGAAACUGCAGAGGUUUUACUUAGGGCAGGAAUUUCAAGAGACGCAAGAACAAAAGUAGAUAGAACACCUUUACAUAUGGCUGCAUAUGAAGGCCAUCAUCAGAUGGCACAAUUACUUCUUAAUUAUGGAGCAGACGUUGAUAGUAGAGAUAUGGAAAUAUGUUUACAGUUAAAAAUGACACCUUUACACUGGGCAGUGGAACGAGAGCAUGUUGAAGUAAUGCAUGUCUUGUUAGAGCAUGGAGCAGAUGCAAAUGCCACUAGUAAAUUUGACAAAACACCAAUCAGUCUUGCAUUGGAACAUGAUAGAUUAGAUUUGGUAGAUAUAUUGCAACAAGAAAGAGAGAUUGUAGGUGCCAGGGCUCAUCAACAAAAUCAAGUAAAUUCUGCAGAACUUGAAGUAGCAACUCAUAAUUUAAUACAAUUAGAAUCUGAAAGGGAAGAAGCAGAACAAAAGUUUGAAUUACCGGAACAAGAAACACAACAAAGAAGAAAAAUUACACAAGUACAAAUGGGGAAAAAGCCACGAAUGAUUUUUCAACAAAUUCAUGUUGGACCAAAUGCUGAAGUUGCCCAAGAAAAAGAAAUUGAAAACAUAGAAGAAGUCACUGAUACGAGUAAUGUUAACAACAAUAAAAAACGUAAAGAUGUCACAACUGUUGGAGGAAUAAACAAACAAUUUAGGUUACUAGAAGCUCAUGGAAUUACGAUGAUACCUGUAGAUAAUGAUUCGUCAAUAGUGGAAAAUGCUAUGGAAAGUGGAAGAACGGUCGUUUUAACUGAAGCUGGUAAACUUGCUCUAAACUUAACAAGAAAUACUUCGAUAGGAAUGAAACGACUUCAUGUGACUGGAAAGAAAGGACCUCCAAGAAAAGUGAUAGCAAUAAGAGCAGAUCAAAUUUUAAAUCACAAUACGCCUACGCUUCCAUCUAGAGGGCCCAAUAUAUUGAAAAGGUCUUCUGUGGAUAAUAAGGCUGGAAAAUUAUACAUCUCAUCUAUUUCUAAUACUUCGUCCGUGUCAACGCUCACACAGUCCAAAAACAUAAUUUCUGCAUCAGAGAAUAAAAUCAUUAAUUCUCCGAAGAUGACAGAGUCAAUAAUUUUGCAGUUGGAUGAUGGAAUAGAAGAAAUUACUGAAGAUGAUACUACAGAUAAUAAUGAACCCGUUAUGGAUAUUGCAGUGUUGAAUAGACAAUUGGCAGAAGCGCGAAGACAAGCCGCUGAGUACCGAAAGCGGCUUCAAAAGAAGGAAGAGGAAGCUGAAAUAUAUAAACAACAACUUAAAAACAUUACAGCGCAAAGAGCAUCUAAGUAAUUUUGUAUAACUGCUUUUAUGUUAUACACUACCAUCAGUAAACAGUAUUUCAUUUACUUUUGUAACAAUAUAGAAUUUUCAUAUUGUACGCAUAUUGUUAGACAAUAUCAAUAUUGUCUGCUAUUAUAAAAUGAAUAAUAGUUCAGAAAAACAUGUUUUUAAAUUAUACAUGAUCUAUUUUGUAUAUAGUGAAUUUUUAUAUAUACCAUAACAUCACAUUGUAAUUACAAAACACCCGUACAUAACUAAAAUUAUGAAAAAAAAAUAAAAAAUAAAUUUCAGGAAUAAAACUGUAAACAAUGAACAGCUAUUUCUUAAGUACUUGUAUUUUAUAGAACAUCACAUUGAUAAUAUUUGAUAAAUAGGAGUUUAUAAUGUAUAUUUCCUGUAAACUAAAAAAUGAUUCAAAAUUAGAUAUGCUCUGGCAACAAACAAUUUUUGCUGUUGAAUCAAUGAAAGAAAUAUUUUUUAUGAACAAUAUAUUUAGAGCACAAAAUGUGGAAAGCAAAUAAUUUAUUAAUCAAAUAAACUUUUUAGUGAUACGAAAUAAAAUUUACUUAAAGGAUAAAUAUUGCGUUGUUUGAAUAACUAUAUCGUCUCUUUGUACAUUUUCAUACAGACAAGACAAUUUCAUUCCAAAUAUUUUUUUAAUAAUCUAUGAAACGAAUACGUGAGUUCAGCUGAAAUGUCUGUUUCAAAAAUACAAACAAUUUUUUAUUUGACGUGGUCUACGUGGUGCUAUAUACAUAUAUACAGUCCCAACAAUUAAAACUUUUAAUUUUAAGAACACGUGACAAAUGGAAUCAUGUACAGAAGACAAAAGAAAAAA